UCCGCAAGUGUCGGCUGUGGACCGGUGGAAGGCUGCAGGGACAGGACCGCAGCACCGGGACAAAAACAAAAACUCCACGCAGCAUGGACCGAAACAACGACUGCUGGAGAUAGAGGAAAACAACAUGAGUAAACCAUCGCUCACUAUGGAGGAUUUGUUUUCUCAUGAAAUGUAGCAUUUUUGCUCCACCCGUCACUCUGCUUCAUUGUGGCUAAUGUGAAGAGGACAUUAUGGACUGACUGUGGGAGUCAGCGAAGUGAUGAGUCACAUAUGAGCGAUAGAUGAUGUAACAGUGUUGCUGACCAUGGAGCUAAUUGGACAAACAGAAAGGGAGAUGUUUUUUCUCAUACAUUCACUUUGCCAAUGACAAAACAAGUUACAGUCUCAGGCAGUGGAGAGGCGAUGACCUAAUUCAGAUGAAGUGACCUCAUACUGAUAAGUAGCCCGCCUCCUCACUGGGUGAUGGAACACAAUCACAAAUGGACUCUUAUCAUCGAGGCUGGAGUGUGUGAGGUUACAUGAUAUUUCUGUGUGUGUGAGUAGAUGUCUAAAUCAGAGGAGUGAGCUUUGAUGCUACAUGCAGCGAUGUUGCGACGUGGACUGCUAGCUUGGGUCUCCCGUGUUGGAGGUGUGCUGGUGCUCCUGUGCUGCUCCCUGUCGCUCCUCUAUGUGAUGACCUGCAGUCCGCCACACUCUGAUGACCCUCCGCUGAGCCAUGCUCUCCCCCACGCUGGACCCAACCACCCCAGCCUGGGGGGCACAGGGCCGGGGAUUGGAGCAGGAGUAGGUGGGACAGGAGGAGCUCGAAUUGGGGCUGCUCAGAGCGGUGGACCCCCAGGUGGUCAAUCUUAUCAGGUGCUCCUUCAAGAGCGCGAGGAGCAGCAUCGCCUCCACAUCUCCUCCUUGAAGAAGCAGAUAGCUCAGCUCAAGGAGGCUUUGCAGGAGCGUAGCCAGCAGCUGAAAGGAGUGCAGGAGAGCCUGAAGAGAGCUGCUGGGGGACCAGCUGAGGGACAGGAAGCUGGGGCUGGGUCACAGGGAAAUGGUCUCGGGGAGGCUCAGGGAGCCAAGAGCCAGCAGGCGGACCUCCAGGAGUUUCUGCGGAGCCAGCUGUCAAAGGCCGAGGUGACUGCAGGCACCAGGCUGCCCAGCGAGUACGCAGUGGUGCCCUUUGAGAGUUUCACCCUGCAGAGGGUGUACCAACUGGAGAUGGGGCUGACUCGUCAUCCCGAGGAGAAGCCUGUGAGGAAGGACAAGAGAGAGGCACUGGGGGAGGUGCUGGAGAUGGCCCUGCACAGCCUCAACACGCCAUCAUCCCAGCAAGACAGCAGGAGUGCAGUGGAAAACACUCAAACAAGCAAAGUGUACACACCAUCUGACUUCAUAGAAGGUAUCACCCGUACGGAGAAGGACAAAGGUACGCUGUACGAGCUGACCUUUAGAGGGGAGUCAAGUAAUGAAUUCAGACGCCUGGUCCUCUUUCGUCCCUUUGGACCGCUGAUGAAGGUGAAAAAUGAGAGGGUGGACACGGCCAGCGUCCCCAUCAACAUCAUCGUCCCACUGUCCAAACGCACAGACAAGUUCAAACACUUCAUGCACAACUUCAGGGAAGUCUGUGUGCGUCAGGACGGCCGGGUCCAUCUGACAGUGGUGUAUUUUGGGAAAGAGCAGAUGAGCGAAGUCCGCAGCACUCUGGAGAACACAUCCAGGGAAGUUAAUUUUAAGAACUACACUCUGCUGCAGCUGGAUGAGGAGUUUUCUCGGGGACGGGGUCUAGACAUCGGGGCCCGAGCCUGGAAGGGAGGCAACGUGCUGCUUUUCUUCUGUGACGUGGACAUCUACUUCACCGCUGACUUCCUCAACACCUGCCGACUCAACACGCAGCCUGGCAAAAAGGUAUUCUACCCGGUGUUGUUCAGCCAGUACAACCCCACUCUGAUCUACGGAAGUCCUGAACACAUCCCACCUGUGGAGCAACAGCUGGUGAUCAAGAAAGACACGGGGUUCUGGAGAGAUUUCGGUUUCGGCAUGACCUGCCAAUACAGGUCCGACUUCAUCAACAUAGGAGGUUUCGACAUCGACAUCAAAGGCUGGGGCGGAGAAGAUGUCCACCUGUAUAGGAAGUACCUGCAUAGCAACCUUCUAGUGGUACGAGCACCGUCACGAGGCUUGUUCCACCUGUGGCACGAGAAACACUGCGCUGACGAGCUCCCUCCAGACCAAUACCGCAUGUGCAUGCAGUCUAAGGCCAUGAACGAGGCCUCGCACGGCCAGCUGGGGAUGCUGUUCUUCAGGCAUGAGAUCGAAGCUCACCUCCGCAAACAGAAACAACAGCAAAACUCAAACCCCAAGAAAACAUGAAGACUUACAGUUGGAUUAUCGUCACUGCAAAGACUGCAAUCAGAUACAACAGUGUAGAUGAUAAACUACUUCAGAUUUUAAAGGAAUAGUUCAACAUUUUUUUGGAGACUUUGUUGACUUUGUUGCUGAGAGUUUGACCCCAAACCACUUUUAUCCCUAAGAGUGGUAUCAAUCUGAUCAGCAAUAGGCGUACUUCCCAAAAAGGCGAACUAUUCGUUUAAUGAAAAAUGUGAAGACGUUUUACUUUUCAAGGACUCGCAGCACUUCAUUGCCCUGAAACGCAAGAUCAAGAUGAAUUAAAACUGACUUGAGUAAUUCAUCGACACAAGUGGAGCAGACUUUAGUUGGACAUUAAUCAACAUCUCUCCGGUCUGAAACAUCCAUCUGUAAAUUUAGCGUCCAUUUGUAUUUAACUCUGUGACUGCAGAAAGGCAACUCGGACAGAAAACAGCACUUACGUUUGAGCUACAAAGUGUCUCUGAACCGUGUGCCUUCUGUGACUUAAACCUGAACACUGUCUUUUUGGGAUGGCCGGGGAAAAUUGGACAUACAUGUGUUUAUGUGUAGGGAAACAGAGCCACCUAGUGGACUGAAAGUGAGCAACAUGUUGGUGCAUACACAAUGAAGGAUUCGUUUAAAGCCUGAAAUGGCCUUUUAAAAAUGUUUUUAAAUAAAUUAUUCAUUCCUUUAAUUUAUGUUUGUUAUUAUUUCGUAAAUGCCAGCAUGUAUGAGGUUAUACCCGGGACAGUAUUAUGUGUGGGUCAUUCAUCUCUGUAAUGAAUGGAGGUGAGUCAAAGAAAAACACGCUAUGAAUGACAGUAUCUAAUGUCAGUGAAAAGCCUUCUUUGUGUAUUUGUGUAUUUAUGCCCAAAAUAUGUCAGUUUAUUUUUGAAUGUUUAAAAUAAUAAAAGACAAUGUAGAGGGGGUUCGUCACAAAAUUUGACACAUAAUAGAUGAAUAAAGGAAAGGAUUAUUGAUUGACAAUAAUACUGUUCACUGUCCUGACUCUGACGAUGACUUAACAAGUCAGAAUGAGACUUACUGACCUAAUAUUUUACAUUACAUGUAUUGCUGAGCAGUCGCAGAAACUGGAGAUGCUGUAGGUGUAGAGAUAUAACUGCCUCAAUGGUCACUUUAUAUUAGUUUUAAUAUAAUCUCCCAUAAAUACUGCUCCUGCACUUCAAUCAAAACGAGCUGUACUUUUGGUGGACGACCAAAGAUGUGAAGAGAGGCACUUUUUUGAAUCAUGUUUUUAUUGUUUGCCAUCAAAACAUUCCUUGUAAAAAUAAAAAAAAACAGUGAAUGACUUUGAAAUGUAAAUUUCAAGUUAUUUUUUCACUUCAUGUAAAUGAGUUGAAUAAAACAUAUUUGUGCAUUGAG